ACAUGUGGAGGUACUUGAUCGUGUUCCCUGGGACCUGUUUGUUGUGUCGGAACAGAUAGUAUGACGUUCCUGGUUGUGUCCACUAUCUCUUAUAAAGAAUUGCACAUGCCCUGAACGUUGCUUUUGAGUUCUUGUCAUAACAACGACCUUGCACCAUACUGGAAGCCGUCCAGUCCAUUCACCCCCUAGCUGCCGACCAAGCUCGCUAGUACAAGGAUGAAGAACUUUGCAACUCUCGCAGCUUUCGCUGCUGGAGGAAAUGCCCUCGUCAGCCGCGCCGACUCAUGUUGCUUCCACCUGACUGCUUCGGGCGCCGCAUCUGGCACGGUAGGCCAACUUGGUGAUGGCCAGAAUCGCCUCGGUGGUGGUCUUUCUGCAGCCUCGUUCUGCAUCGAUUCGAACGGUGCGAUUACUGACAGCAGCGGACGUGGUUGUGUCGUGACCAGUUCUGUGACCCAGUUCCAGUGUGAAUUGGGUUCUACCGCCCAGACUGGCUUCUCAAUUUCGUCCGGCGGUCAGCUGGAGUACCAGGGCGACUCUACAUUUGUGGCAUGCCAGACGGGUGACAACGGUGAAUUGAACAUCUACACCACUGAGAGCUCCGCGGUGACUGGUUGCUCGAGCAUCACGCUGGCCGCCGACUCUUGCUCGGGUUCCGGUGCUGGUGCUGGUGGCGGCGGCGGCACAGCUACGGCAGUGUCAUCGGUUCAGGUGCCCGGCCAGUCUGGCAAACCUGGCUCUGUUCUUCCAGGUCAAUCAUCUUCCUACAUUCCGGGUGGCGCUGCUUCAAGUGCACCCGUGCCUGGCGGAGUUUCCCCAGGUCAAUCUUCUGCUUCCAUACCGGGUGGACCUGUCUCCAGUGCACCAGUGCCUGGCACUGGAUGUGCCUCAGCUCAGACAGUUACCGUCACCACUACCGUGAUCCAAUCCAAUUGCGCAGCAGGAACUUCUGGUGUUCCUGUGCCGAUUCCAAUUCCUGGUUCUAGUGUUCCUGGCGUUCCUCAGGGUACACAACCUGCCGGCACACAACCUGCCGGCACUCAACCCGCAGGAACUCAGCCCGCUGGCACUCAGCCCGCUGGCGGUACUCAACCCGCUGGCACCCUGCCCGCCGGCACCCAGCCCGCCGAAACUCAGCCUGCAGGAACUCAGCCAGCAGGAACUCAGCCAGCUGGCACCCAGCCCGCUGGCGGCACCCAGCCCGCUGGAACUCAACCCGCUGGGACUCAGCCCGGCGGAACUGCACCUGGUGGAACCCAACCCGCCGGCACCCAACCCGCUAGCACUCGGCCCGGUCAGCCUGGCGUGACUCAACCUGCUGGUACCCAGCCUGUUCCUGUUCCGAUCCCAAUUCCUGGAACUAGUGUUCCAGGUGUCCCUCAUACUACUCAGCCCGGUGGAACUCAGCCUGCCGGCACUCAACCAGCUGGUACUCAGCCCGCUGGAACUCAGCCCGCUGGAACUCAACCCGCUGGAACUCAGCCCGGCGGAACUGCACCUGGUGGAACCCAGCCCGCCGGCACUGCACCUGGUGGAACCCAGCCCGCCGGCACUCCGCCCGCCGGGACUGCACCUAGUGGGACUCAACCUGCAGGCACUCAGCCCGCUGGAACUCAGCCCGCCGGCACUACGCCCGCCGGCACUGCACCUAGUGGAACUCCGCCCGCCGGAACUGCACCUAGUGGGACUCAACCUGCAGGCACUUCGCCCGCCGGUACUCCGCCCGCUGGAAGUGCACCUGGUGGAACUCAACCUGCAGGCACUUCGCCCGCUGGUACUUCGCCCGCUGUUACUCAGCCUGCCGGUACUAAAUCCACCGGAACCCAGCCUGCGAGCACUCAACCAUCAGCUUCCGCUACUCGGUCAGGCGCUGCCAGCUGCCCGACUGAUCUGUCUGGUGACUAUGAGUAUCCUCAUCUCAUUGUUCCUGUCAACUCCUCCACCCCUGAUACCGCCUAUGGCUCUCAGCUCUUCGGCACCGUUUCGUCCACAGUGUCGACCAUCUUCAAUUUUGAUAUCCCAUCUUCUGACUCCGGCAAGACAUGCAGCCUCAUCUUCUUGUUCCCUAACAAGGAGGACCUUGAGACCUCUGAUUACACCUUCAGUGGUGACGGCAAGGUUGACUUUUCUCAGCUGACCUCUGCUGCUGGAUUGAAGACCACUUAUAACACCGCUCCGUCGGUCAAACAGGACUAUGGAGAAAUCACCAUUUCACCCGGAAAUUCCUACCUGGUUGCCUCUUUCUCGUGCCCGGCUGGUCAAACCGUGGGUUAUGAAAUGAAGGGAACCGGCAACACCUACCUCAACUUCUUCGAGGACUAUAACCCAUCUCCUCUCGGUCUGUUUAUCACCGUCUGUUAACUUGGUUUUCUCUCGACGGGUUAUCCUUCGGACAAAACGCGAACAUGAAUCCUGGACCCAUACUUUACUCCUUUUUGUUUCUUAAUUUAUACUGAAUAUUCCCUUCUAGUUCUGGCAAUAUGAUUAUUUUCUUUGGCUAUGGCACACAGAUGAGAGC